UUUUUAAUUAUCUCCACUUUCAUCACUCUCUCUCUCUCUCUUCUUCUUCUUCUUCUACUUCAAAUUUGCAAUCCAUAUCCAUUUAUUUCCUCUAUUUAUAUUUCUCUCCCUCACAUUAUCUCAAACUGAUCGCCGGAAAAUUCCCCACCGUCCGAUCAACUCCCCCGUAAAUCCGGCGGUCAUGGAUCUCCGCUUCUACACACUAACUGAAUUUCAAAUCAGGUACUUGUAGAAGAACAAAAAGCUAGGGUUUUAAUGUUGAAUAAAAUCAUAAAGAGAGGGCACAAAAAAGUGCCUAAAUCAUCAUCAGAGGUAUCUGAUUUCACUCACGCGCUCGGUCACGCGCCGCCGCAAGGAAGUAGAAAUUCCGGCAAUGUUUCAACAUCCGAUGUUGUCGUUAACCAUGCUUCCAGGGGCAAUUUGGUAAAUAACUCGAUCCAAACAAACCCUACGGUGAUGACGUCAUCAGUGCCUUCUGGAAACAUCGAGAACCUUCCAAUGUUUCGUGAUGUUCCGAUUUCGGAACGUCAAGUGUUGUUUUUUAAGAAAGUAAACAUUUGUUGUUUUCAGUUUGAUUUCAAUGAUACAAUGAAAAUGGUAAGAGAAAAAGAGAUUAAAAGACAAUCACUUGUUGAGCUUGUUGAUUAUGUUCAAUCUGGUGCUGGUAAAAUAAGUGAAAGUAAUCAAGAAGAAAUGGUAAAAAUGAUAUCUUUGAAUAUAUUUCGAUGUUUACCACCAGCGUCUCACGAGAAUACAGGGUCGGAAAAUGUGGAACAUGAAGAAGACGAGCCUUGUCUCGAGCCAUCGUGGCCUCAUUUACAGCUCGUUUAUGAAUUGUUGUUAAGGUAUGUUGUUUCAUCGGAUACUGAUACGAAAGUAGCUAAACGGUUUAUUGAUCAUUCGUUCGUGUUGAAGUUAUUGGAUUUGUUUGAUUCUGAGGACCCGAGGGAAAGAGAGUAUUUGAAAACGAUACUUCAUAGGGUAUAUGGGAAGUUUAUGGUGCAUAGACCGUUUAUAAGGAAGGCGAUUAAUAACAUCUUUUAUAGGUUUAUAUAUGAGACUGAGAGGCAUAGUGGGAUAGGUGAGUUGUUGGAGAUUCUAGGGAGUAUUAUAAAUGGUUUCGCGUUACCUAUGAAAGAGGAACAUAAGUUGUUUCUUGUUCGGGCACUCAUACCACUGCACAAGCCGAAACCGGUUGCAAUGUAUCAUCAGCAGUUAUCCUACUGUGUUGUUCAGUUUGUUGAAAAGGAUUACAAGUUGGCUGAUACGGUUAUAAGGGGUUUGUUGAAGUACUGGCCUGUUACUAAUUGCCAAAAAGAAGUCCUUUUUCUUCAGGAGCUUGAAGAAGUGUUGGAGACUACACAGGCGGCAGAAUUUCAGCGUUGCAUGGUUCCUCUUUUUAGACAGAUUGCUCGUUGCCUUAACAGCCCACACUUCCAGGUCGCAGAACGAGCACUAUUUCUAUGGAACAAUGAGCACAUAGUGGGACUGAUCGCCCAGAACCGCAAUGUCAUUUUGCCAAUCAUUUUUGAUGCUCUGCAAAAGAACAUAGAUAAUCAUUGGAAUCCAGCUAUCCAUGGGCUGACCGUAAAUGUUCGCAAAUUGUUCAUGGACAUGGAUGCUGAUUUGUUCGAUGAGUGCCAAGGACAGUAUUCUGAGAAAGCAGCUCGAGCCACUGAACUGGAAGAGCAGCGAGAAUUAAGAUGGCAGAGAUUAACAGCUGCUGCAACAAAAGGAUGCUAAAGGACACAGUUCACUGCGAUUAUCCAUUAAGGUUGGAUUGGACCCCAAAUCCAGAACUGGAUGUGUGGUCAUGAUCAUUUGUUAUAAUGGUAUUCAUUUUUCUCUUAGUUUUUGUUCGUCGGUUUCAGUGUGCUGAAUCGUUGAAGAUGACUGGCAAUGCAGCAGCGUGUAAUUCAUAUAUGUAUUUGAUAACUGCUUUGUCGCGUGCUGCAGCUGAAGAAUGGUUUGCUUAAGUAUCUCGUGUAAUUUGUUAUGUAAUUUUAUCCUCUAGAGAGAAAUUUUUAUUCUUCGGUGA